AUGUCUAGAUCGUGUAUAAGCUUCGCUACUACUCUUUGUGUCCUAUCUGCGCAGUCUGUGGCAGUUGAGUGUCCUCGUAAUGUGGAGUUGACUAUCGUGCAAGACAUGUCUGGUUCGUUUUACAACAUGGUGGUUAACUUUCUGGGAGACGUGGAGGAUGAGGACCAUAAUCUGGUUGCGAGUGGUCCGGUGAAGGGUUUGAUUGACGGCAUUGCCGCACGUGUGGGAUCUGCUAAGGUAGCGUACAUACCCUACUCUGACAAGCCGAUUCCUGGUUUGGGUUUGACUGAGGGUUAUGGUUGCUGGGAUGCGGAUUCGAUGUGGCCUGACUACUGUUACGACAGUUCUGCGUUGGCCGAUGCCGGCGGCAUGACUGCCGUUUCCGACCAGUUGAUUGACCAGGUUAGGGCGGCGUCUUGGUUAGGUGCUAGUGGUGGGGACUUCCCGGAGAACCCGUAUGAAGCCAUGGCGUACGCGCUUGUGGAUCCCCAGGUCAAGUGGUCUGAGGCUGAUACGGUUGAUGGCUUGCCUGUGGUACGGCUUUUGCUGGCAAUUACCGAUGACUUAGCACACCAUGCGGGUGAAGCUGAAUUCGCUGUGAACAAUUGGAACCAGAACUUCUACGACCCGGAGUUCUUCUCUAACAAUGCCAACGCUUUCCCAGAAGAUCCCUAUAACCCCGGCACCUGUGCAAAUACGCACGACGAGAUGAUGGAACUCCACAACCGAAGCCUGGCCGGUGAGGUCUUGUCUCCGGAAGACCAGGCUCUUCUAGACGCCGACGUGGCCUUUGUCGGUCCUGACCACUGGGACAGUGACGUACAACCCUUUGUUGCUGAUGUCAAAAAUGCACCUAACUGCCAUCUGUUUGAGUAUCCCUCUGUAGAGUCACUGGGAGAUCUUCUCAAACAGAAAAAUGUCUACCCUGUCUUGGGCCUCUCCCUACCAGACCAAACUGAAGACGGCAGCGGCACCAGCACAUUCAACCUCUGUUCAAGCCAAGCUGGACUCGAACCCGACAACGGCAAGAAAUACUCACUCGAACAGUACGUCAAAUGUCUAACCUACUUCUAUAACAACGACUUCCAAAAUGCAGGACACGAUCUGCCAGCUAUCUUCGCUUUCGACAGCAACAAUGUUAACACGCUCGUAGACGCUAUUGCAACCGUUGUCGACAACGUUUCUGCCGGACUCGCCUGUACCACCACCACCACCACCGAAACCGCCACGUCCUCUUCCAAUGAUACAAAGACGACGGUGUCAACAUCUCCUGAUACGAAGACUACCGAGUCGACCUUCGCGUCAUCCACGUCUCCUGAUACCAAGACUACCGAGUCGACCUUCGCGUCGUCGAC